CGGGGCUGGGCCGCCCGCCUCACCAUGAUUCAGCUCUGGAAAGUGGUGCGGCACGUGCGACAGCUGGAGCUGCACCGCCUCAUCCUGCUGCUCAUCGCCUUCAGCCUCAUCUCCAUGGGCAUCCUGGCCUACUACGUCACCAACAGCCCCAAAAUCAAGGAGCCGCCGCCGCUGCCCUUCAGCGACUGCAGCAGCCAGCAGCGCGUGCUGAUCCCUCCGCAGGCCAGCUGGAGGCUUACCAAGUCCGUGGACACGUCGCGCACGGAGCCCGUGGUGCUGGUCUUUGUGGAAAGCAUUUACUCCCAGCUGGGGCAGGAGAUCGUGGCCAUCCUGGAAUCGAGCCGCUUCAAAUACAGGACAGAAAUCGCCCCUGGCAAGGGGGAUAUGCCCACCCUGACAGACAAAGACAGGGGCCGCUAUGCUCUUAUUAUCUAUGAGAAUGUCCUUAAGUAUGUGAACCUAGACGCUUGGAACCGAGAGCUGCUGGACAAGUACUGCGUGGAGUACGGCGUGGGGAUUAUAGGCUUUUUCAAAGCCAACGAGAACAGCCUACUCAGCGCGCAGCUCAAGGGCUUCCCCCUUUUCCUCCAUUCCAACCUAGGCCUGCGGGACUAUCACAUCAAUCCCAGCGCUCCCCUGCUCUACGUCACCCGGGCAAACGAAGUGGAGCAGGGGCCCCUGCCCGGGGACGACUGGACCGUGUUCCAGUCAAACCACAGCACGUAUGAGCCGGUGCUGUUGGCCAGCACCAAGUCCUCGGAGUCCAUUCCCCACCUGGCCACCCACAAAGCGCUGCACGCCACUGUGGUGCAGGACCUGGGUCUGCAUGACGGCAUCCAGCGGGUUCUCUUUGGCAAUAACCUCAGCUUUUGGCUGCACAAACUCAUUUUCGUGGAUGCCAUUGCCUACCUGACUGGCAAGCGCCUCUGCCUCACGCUUGAUCGCUAUGUCCUCGUCGACAUCGACGAUAUCUUUGUGGGCAAGGAGGGCACUCGCAUGAAGGUGUCCGAUGUAGAGGCUUUACUGAGCACCCAGAAUAAGCUGAGAACGUUAGUCCCAAAUUUCACCUUCAACCUGGGCUUCUCAGGGAAAUUCUACCACACAGGUACAGAUGAGGAAGAUGAAGGGGAUGACAUGCUGCUCAAACACAGGAAGGAGUUCUGGUGGUUCCCUCACAUGUGGAGUCACAUGCAGCCUCAUCUUUUCCACAAUGUCACCGUGCUGGCUGAGCAGAUGAAGCUCAACAAGCAGUUUGCUGUGGAGCAUGGGAUUCCCACAGACUUGGGCUACGCUGUAGCCCCCCAUCAUUCUGGGGUGUAUCCUGUCCACACGCAGCUCUACGAGGCUUGGAAAUCCGUGUGGAGCAUCCAGGUAACAAGCACAGAGGAGUAUCCGCACCUGCGGCCUGCUCGCUACCGCCGCGGAUUCAUCCACAACGGAAUCAUGGUUUUGCCUCGACAGACCUGUGGUCUUUUUACUCACACAAUCUUCUACAAUGAAUAUCCYGGAGGCUCAAAGGAGUUGGACAAAAGCAUUCGUGGUGGUGAACUCUUCCUGACUGUGCUCCUGAACCCAAUCAGCAUCUUCAUGACCCACCUGUCUAACUAUGGGAACGACCGCCUGGGGCUCUACACGUUUGAGAGCCUCGUCAAGUUUGUGCAGUGCUGGACCAACCUUCGCCUGCAAACGCUGCCCCCAGUCCAGCUAGCCAAAAAGUACUUUGAGAUCUUUCCCCAGGAGAAGAAUCCCCUGUGGCAGAAUCCGUGUGACGAUAAGAGGCACAAGGAUAUCUGGUCCAAAGAGAAAACCUGUGAUCGGCUCCCCAAGUUCCUUGUCGUGGGACCUCAGAAAACUGGCACAACGGCUGUGCACUUCUUCCUGACCAUGCAUCCCGCCGUCACCAGUAACUUUCCAAGUCCAUCCACCUUUGAGGAGAUCCAGUUCUUUAAUGGRCCCAACUACCACAAAGGAAUUGAUUGGUACAUGGAAUUCUUCCCCAUCCCCUCCAAUGCCAGCACAGACUUCAUGUUUGAGAAGAGUGCCAAUUACUUCGACACGGAGGUGGUACCRAAGCGAGGCGCAGCCCUGCUCCCCCGAGCCAAAAUCAUUACGGUUCUCAUCAACCCGGCGGACCGAGCCUACUCGUGGUACCAGCACCAGCGGGCUCACAGUGACCCUGUGGCGCUCAACUACAGCUUCUACCAGGUGAUCUCUGCAGCCCCGCAGGCGCCGCAGGAGCUGCGCAGCCUGCAGAGCCGAUGCCUGCUGCCCGGCUGGUACUCAGCCCAUCUGGAGCGCUGGCUAACGUACUACCCGCCCGGGCAGAUUCUCGUGGUGGACGGCCAGGAGCUGAGACACAACCCUGUCUCUGUCAUGGACAGCAUCCAAAAGUUCCUGGGUGUUACCCCACUCUUCAACUACACCCAGGCCCUCAGAUUUGAUGAAGCAAAAGGAUUUUGGUGCCAGCUGCUAGAUGGAGGGAAGACAAAAUGCCUGGGAAAGAGUAAAGGAAGAAAAUACCCUGAUAUGGAUGUCUCAUCACGGCUGUUCCUCAGAGACUUCUAUCGGGAACACAACAUAGAAUUAUCCAAGCUGAUGAACAGGCUUGGACAACCACUUCCAACCUGGCUCCAAGAGGAAUUGCAGAAUUCCAGCUGGAGCUGAGAGGGACUCGCCCACCCCCAGUGCCACUGGGAUGUGGGAUGCUCCGCCGUGUGCUACGACGCGUCUCUAGUGAAGCYGAACAACUGGACAAAUGAGCAGGAGCAGAGGAGGAACCCGCGUGUGGGGUGCCCCUCCGCCCUGUGGAAGGGUUACACGGAUUCCUGCCUACAGGGAGGACUUGCUUAAAGCAGGAGGAGAGCCGCACCCUUCGGCAACCGGCACUGGCUGAAGGGCCAAGGCCCUGCUCCUCCGCGUCCACGGCAAGGACCUGAGCGCUGAGCCGGCUGCGGAGGGAAGCGCAGCAGCCUCACGGGAAGGAUCCGGCCUGGCGCGCGGUGCCCGUGAUCCCGGCGGCUGCUCCUGCUCGCGGGCAGGCGGAGCAGCACCCGGCGCGGGGCAGAGCCCAGGUACCAACACCCUGCACAAACCCGGGGCACAGCCCAGGUACCAACACCCACAACAAACACCAUUGUUAGCAUGGGCAGGAGGUGCCGGGUGCUGCACAGCUGCACAAUGGGAGSGUCUCUGCAGGGAUUUUAACCAUUUCAGCAGCUCGAGCCUCGAGCAGUAACACUGACCCCCUGGCCAGGCUGCCUCAGGGCAGCACGGCGGCUGAGGGAGGCCRGAGCUCAGGUACGUGUAAGCUAAGGCUGAUGCAGGUCAAGCCAGACACAUCAGUUCCCCCUGUCUAAUUAGCUUCAAAAAAGCAAGGUUUUUUUUUCUCUUUCCAGCAGCUCCAGGGCCCCUACCCGAUACACUGAUAACUAAAAUCUGUUUAAUCCCCCUGCAGGCCCACAGUUCAAGGAGAAAACAGGUAAAAGGCAGUAUUGCUCGGAGCUGAAGGGAAGGCUCAGAGCUAGAAGUGCUUUCCUGGGGCCAGGGCGRGCGCUGCAGCGGCCAGCACAGAGCUCCACGGCGGUGCUUGGCCUCCUCCUGCAGCUGCUGGGGGGCCRGGCUCAGUGUAAUUCCUCCUCACACAUGUUCUCUCCUGCUGAGYGAUGGCUUCCCAAUCCUUUGGGCCAGCAUCCCUGCCGGGCACAGAKGGGUCUCAAAGGUCAGUGCAGUCCCAGAGAGGGCAGGAUCCAUCGGAACACAGAUUACAGCAACUUCCACCACCUUCAUAGGCUCCUUUUCUCCUGCCAGAGGAGCGAGGCUGCUUCAAGCAAGCUUUUCCAUUGAGCCUUAGGUAUUGUGUAUUUCUGAACGGUGCAUUUACCAUUGUAUGUAAAUGUAUAUAGUAUGCAAUAUAAUAUUWUAUUUCAUGGGCCCUUGGAAAGGGUAAUUUUGUGCAGCCAAAAAAAAAAAAAAAAAAGGACAGAAAGAAUAGAAACCUCUCUCUCGUUCCUGUUAGAGAAGAGCCCACCAUCCU